UUUAGCGGAUAUUGUUUCGACUUAUCGCCCAUCCAUUGUCUUCCUCAUGGAGACGCUCACUAGGCUGCCGAAGAUGGAAAGCAUUAGAAGAACAUUGGGUUUUCAGGAUGUGUUUUCGGUGGAUUGUGUGGGUCAAAGUGGUGGAUUGGCGCUGCUAUGGAAAGAUGAUUAUGAUAUAACUGUUGAAAGCUCGUCGCGGAACCAUAUUGAUGUACAGGUCACAGGCGGUUUGUCUCAAUUAACAUGGAGGCUCAUUGGGUUCUAUGGUUGCCCGGAGAGUGAUAGACGCAGGGCCUCGUGGGAACUUCUUAAAGAGCUGGCAGAUUGUAGUGAUCUCUCGUGGUUGGUUGUGGGCGAUUUUAAUGAUAUUAUGCACGAACAUGAAAAAAGAGGGUGAUGCCCUAGACCUUUGGAUGAUGGCGGGAUUUCGUGAUGCGGUGUGGGGCAGUGGAUUGAUAAAGGCUUCUUUUGAUGGCUACCAAUUCACAUGUUCCUUUUGAUGACUACCAGUUCCUUUUCAUUUUGAUGGCUACCAGUUCCUUUUCAUUUUCCUUUGGAUUCCUUUCUCAUUCUUCACUCCUGCUCCCUUCUUCCCCGCGCACGCCUGCAGGGGCGGAUCUAUAUGGGGGCAGGGGUAGGCUCCAAUCCAAUUUUUUUAGUAGCAUAGGAAGAGAUUUAUUUUCCAGCCCAACCCAAAAUUAAUGUUCAGCCCAGCCCAAGCUUAAAAGGACUGCCUAGGCUGAAAGCGUCAACUAUAACCUCAUUGAUAAAAGGCAGCCCAAAAUUUUACAAAGCUUAGCCUUGACAACGAAUGGUCUCGGUGCUUAUGGCAACUGAACUAAC